GGGGAAGGUGGGCCUCACCCUAGGGGAGAGCGAGGAGGAACUUCCUGCCCGCGCGCGCUCCUCGGCGCUGAGCGCACGGGCUGGGAGGCUGCAGGCGCGUCAAGGUCAGCCUGGACGGGGGCGGCCGUCUGCCCGGGGGCGGGAGACCCUCGGGGGGGCUGGGCUGCGGCCUCCAAGCGCCUCGGCCAUAUUGAACAGCCACGGCCGAGCCGUCUUUGUGCGCGCAGGCCUCUCCCAAGCUGCAGGCGCGUCCCUGAGGCAGGAAGAGCCACGGGGGCAGCCCGUGCGCCCCAACUUGGAGCCCGGACCCCACGUCUGCAGCUGGCGGUGGGUUUCGAGCCUCGGGACUGACCUCACCCCGGCUCACGUAAGCAUCCUGGGAACUGAUUCCCGCCAGUCCUUGGGGCGGGGGAGCCGGACUUGGUCAAGACUGGACUUUGUGGCGGGCAGAGAAGUUGGGAGGGGUUGGCUCAUCCUUGGCUGGAGAGGUGAGACCCUCCGGGCAGUUCUGCGGGGACCCGUCCCACCCCCAUCCCCUAAGACUCAGGCUUACGUGUAGUUUGGGGUCGUUGCCCCCAACCCCGAUUUCACCCUGGAGAUCUUAAAGACCCUCGAGAAAAGCCACGUGGGGGGCUGGUUCCCCUGGGGCUUCCUCCCAUCCCCCGACUGCCUGAUCCUCUGGAGCGUCCCUGAUGUCUGCAAAGAUGUGGACUUGGACGUCCUCGUGGAAGCCUUGAAGCCCGUGGGGACCUUCAAGAAGAUUGGCAAGGUGUUCCGCAGGGAGGAGGACUCCACGGUGGGGAUGCUGCAGAUCGGGGAGGACGUGGACUAUCUGCUCAUCCCCCGGGAGGUCAGGCUGGCGGGAGGCGUGUGGAGGGUCAUCUCCAAGCCCGCCACCAAGGAGGCGGAAUUUCGCGAGCGGCUGACCCAGUUUCUGGAGGAAGAAGGCCGCACACUGGAGGACGUGGCCCGCAUCAUUGAGAAGAGCACCCCACACCCGCCCCAGCCCCCCAAAAAGCCCAAGGAGCCCCAGGUGAGGAGGAGAGUCCAGCAGAUGGUGACCCCUCCCCCGCGGCUGGUCGUGGGCACCUAUGACAGCAGCAACGUCAGCGACAGCGAGUUCAGUGACUUCGAGACCUCCAGAGACAAGGGUGACAAGGGUCACAAAGGCGCGGGGCGCAGCAGGAAGGUGCGCAAAAUGCCAGUUAGUUACCUGGGCAGCAAAUUUCUGGGGAGCGACCUGGAGAGCGAGGACGACGAGGAGCUGGUGGAGGCCUUCCUGCAGCGAGGGGAGAAGAAGCCCAGCGCGCCACCUGCCCGCCGCCGCGUGAACCUGCCCGUGCCCAUGUUUGAGGACAACCCCAGGCCGCAGCUGUCCAAGGCGGACAGGUGGCGAGAGUACGUCAGCCAGGUGUCCUGGGGCAAGCUGAAGCGGAGGGUGAAGGGUUGGGCGCCCAGGUCCAGCCCCGAGGGGAGCGAGGCCCAGCAGGCCUCUCCCAGGCUAGAGAGGGUUGGGGCAUCAGGGCCGGCCAGGGCCAGCCGGGGGGAUAAUGUGGGCAACACAGGAGAUGGGCAGGGGCCGGAGACGCCCCCAAGACGAUGGAAGCCCAAAAUCAAAUGGGCCUCUUUUCGCCAUCGAAGGAGGGAGGAAGCAGCAUCCACAGAUCAGGGGGCAGGGGCUGCAGGUGAUCAGAGGGCAGGGGCUGCAGGUGAUCAGAGGGCAGAGGCUGCAGAUGAUCAGAGAGCUGAGGCUGCAGAUAAUCAGGGGGCUGAGGCUGCAGAUGAUCAGGGGGCUGAGGCUGCAGAUGAUCAGGGGGCUGAGCCUGCAGAUGAUCACGGGGCUGAGGCUGCAGAUGAUCAGGGAGCUGAGGCUGCAGAUAAUCAGAGGGUAGAGGCUAUAGAUAAUCAGAGGGCAGAGGCCAUACCCGUCCAGGGGGCAGAGGCUGAGGAUAACCCAGGGGCAGAAGCCAUAGCUGUCCAGAGGGCAGAGGCUGCAAAUAAUCAGAGGGAAGGGGCUGCAGAUAAUCAAAGGGCAGAGGCCCCAGCUGUCCAGGAGGCAGAGGCUGCAUCGGAUGGGGCAGAAGCCCCAGCUGCCCGGGGGGCCAUAGGGACAACCCAAGGAGCUAAGGCCCGGAAACAGGUCAAGACAGUGAGGUUCCAGACCCCUGGACGUUUUUCGUGGUUUCGCAAGCACCGGAGAGCCUUCUGGCACGCUCCCCGGUUGCCAACCCUGCCCAAGAGAGCCCCCAGGGCAGGCGAGGCCAGGAGCCUUAGGGUGUUGAGGGCAGAGGCCAGAGCAGAAGCCGAGCAGGGAGAACGAGAAGACCAGCUGUGAGGUGAGGGCAGGGGCUCCCUGGAGCUUGCUGUCACCUGCCAUGUUGUCACCACCCGGGGCGCGGCCUCCCCCUCCCGCGCUGGGGUGGAGAUGCCCUUCCUGCGGCCAUACUUGAAAAUGGAGCUGGACAAGGGCCAGGCAGCGGGCCUCCCAUCUCCACCCAACACCCCUCUGUCUUGUUAAAAGUUUAUCUUUCAUGCGUUGAUUUUUUUUUAAAAACAGACUCUUUCUAGUCACCCAAGGAACGUAAAGAAUGAGCCGUACAAAGGGGUUGCAUCACUCAUGAUUUUAACUUCUCCAAGGGCAACUCUGGGUGCUCAGCUUGAAGGGGGGAAGUGGUAGAGAAAUUCUCUCCCCUCCCCUCUCCCUUUCUCUUCUUUUCUACCACCCACUUAACAUUGGCCGCCUCCUUGAACUUGAAAAAAAGGGCACAAGCCAACAUGCAAAUAAAAAUAUUUACCACGA